GCUUCGCAAGCCUGUUCGCUGCUUGAAGGUUUGGUGGCCAAUGAUUCGCAUCGACCAAUGGGUCAAGUACUUGGCCUCUCAUCAGCCGAGAUUGUUGCUUGGUGGGCAGUUGCCUGACCCAAAUGGAAAGUGGAAGGAGAUGUUCUCCAAGUUCUGGUCAGACUACAAGGACAUUGGUGGCUCCAGAGUGCACCUGGUCAAUGUGGGGACCAAAGGUCCUGGAGACCCACCAUUCAAGAGCUUUUCCUACAUGCUGCAAAUCCCCGGGUCCCAUGCGCCCAAGUACAUAACUUUGGACUAUCUACACAUCUAUCACCUGGGCUACGGUAUGGAUGCCAGUGCAAGUUCCAUCGUGCUCCUAUGCAAACUAGGCCAUUUUGGCGCAGCAAGAGCCCUGGAUGACAAGUUGGAAGUGGCCUACAACAGGUCUGGGAACACUUUCCCUACCACUGUUGGUGGCAAAGCUUUCGACGUUGGCCUGAUCAUGGCGUGGCUGGAAGAUGAUCUG